AUGGCCGACCUUCGAAUUCUUCUCAUUGGCAACGGCGGCCGCGAGCAUGCCUUGGCCUGGAAGCUGAGCCAGUCUCCCCGAGUUGAGGCCAUCUUCGCGGUCCCUGGCAACGGCGGCACUGCUACUUGCCCCAAGGUCACCAACGUCUCUUCUGUUUCUGCAGAGGACUUCCCUGCCCUCGUCCAGUUCGCUCAGUCCAACGGCAUCAACUUGGCUGUUCCUGGACCUGAGGCCCCCCUCGUUGACGGUGUCGAGGGCUUCUUUCGCAAUGCCGGCAUUCCUUGCUUCGGCCCCUCCAAGGAGGCCGCUCGCUUGGAAGGCAGCAAGACUUACUCCAAGGACUUUAUGAAGAAAUACAACAUCCCCACCGCCGCCUACGACAACUUUUCCGAUUAUAACAAGGCCGUUGCAUACCUCGACACCAUUAGCCACCAUGUCGUCAUCAAGGCUACGGGUCUGGCCGCUGGCAAGGGUGUUAUUAUCCCCCAAACCAAGCAGGAGGCCAAGGAUGCGCUCAAGGAAAUCAUGGUCGACAAGGCUUUUGGCGAUGCCGGCGACGAGGUUGUCAUUGAAGAGUUCCUGCAGGGUGACGAGCUCAGCGUCCUCACCUUCUGCGAUGGCUACUCUAUCCGAUCUCUACCUCUGGCUCAGGACCACAAGCGGAUAUUCGAUGGCGACCAGGGCCCCAACACCGGCGGCAUGGGCUGCUACGCCCCUACAAACAUUGCUACCGCCGAGCUCGUCCAGCAAAUCGACAGAGACAUCUUGGUACCUACCAUUUCCGGCAUGCGACAGGAGAAGCAGCCCUUCCGUGGUGUUCUGUUUACGGGUCUUAUGAUUACCCCAGCCGGCCCCAAGGUUCUCGAGUACAAUGUGCGAUUCGGCGACCCCGAGACUCAGACCGUGCUGCCUCUGCUCUCAGCUGACACCGACCUGGCCGAGAUCAUGUUGGCCUGCACUGGUGGCUACCUGGACAACUGCCAUCUGACCAUUGAAAACAAGUUCAGUGCGACAGUCGUUCUCGCUGCUGGCGGCUAUCCUGGUUCUUAUGCCAAGGGCACCCCGAUGACUGUCCAAGCUCCUCCUGCGGGAAGCACCAUUUUCCACGCCGGUACGAAGCUUGAUGGACAGCAGCUCAAGACGUCUGGUGGUCGCGUCAUCGCCAUCAACUCUGUUGGCGAGUCACUCAGAGCUGCCGUCGAUGCUUCCUAUGCCGCCUUGGCUUCCAAUGUCAUUGAUUUCGAGGGCAAGUUCUUCCGUAAGGACAUUGCUCACCGUGCUUUCAGAGAUGCGGGCAAGGUUUCUAUGACUUAUGCCCAGGCUGGUGUUGAUAUCCAGGCUGGCAACGACUUUGUGGAGAAGAUCAAGAAGGCUGUUGCCAGCACAAAGCGAGCCGGUGCAAGUGCUGAGAUUGGCGGCUUCGGCGGCGAGGUCGAUCUCUCUCAAUGCGGAUACCCCAAUGCGCCCAUCCUGGUUGGUGCCAUUGAUGGUGUCGGCACCAAGCUCAUGAUUGCGCAAGCCAUGAAGAAGCACGACACCGUGGGCAUUGACCUGGUUGCCAUGAACGUCAACGAUCUGGUCGUCCAGGGAGCCACGCCCCUGAUGUUCCUCGACUACUACGGCUGCAGCAAGCUGGACCUUGCUUCCGCCGCUGAUUUUGUGCAGGGUGUCGCUGAUGGCUGUAUCCAGGCUGGUUGUGCUUUGGUUGGCGGUGAGACUGCCGAGAUGCCAGGCAUGUACAAGGACGAGGACUACGACGCUGCUGGCUGUGCAGUGGGUGCCGUUACCAGCGGAGGCAUGCUCCCUCGGAAAGAUGCCAUGGCUGAGGGCGACAUCCUCUUGGGUCUUGGAUCCAAUGGCGUUCACUCCAACGGUUUCUCUCUUGUGCGAAGGAUUGUGCAGGCUGCUGGCCUGGACUACUCUGCUCCUGCGCCUUGGGAUGCUUCCAAGAAUGUUGGAGAGUCCCUCCUGACCCCUACCAAGAUUUAUGUCAAGAGCCUGCUGCCCGUGCUCGGCAGCAUCAAGGGUCUCGCACACAUCACUGGAGGUGGACUGCUCGAGAAUGUGCCCCGUAUGCUCCCCGACACUCUAGCUGCGGAGAUUGCCUAUGGAACUUGGGAAAUGCCUCCCGUCUUCCAGUGGCUCAAGAAGGCUGGCAACGUGUCUCCUACCGAAAUGUGCCGAACAUUCAACUCGGGUAUCGGCAUGGUAGUUGCAGUGGAGGCGAGCCAGGUUGAGGCUGUUGUAGCGGCUCUCCGUAGCGGCGACGAGCGGGUUUACACCAUCGGUAAGCUGGUCCGCAGACAAGAGGGCCAGGCUGGAUGCGUCGUCCAGAACCUGGAGGCAUGGGCAUGA